UGUGAAUUGACCCAAAUGCCUAAUUUUAAUUUUGAUGACCAAAAUCCCUAAAAAUUGGAUCUUUUUUCCCCCAAUUGUGAAUUUUGGGAAAGAAGAUUAUGGAAGCAGCAAAGAGAUUUUUGGAGAAAGAGAACAAAAUCGAAAUAGACUCACUUCCUCCAAUAUUCAUCGAGCCAUUAGUGAGUCAUGGCCUAAAACUCGAGCUUGUUGAGCCAGGUCGUCUUCUCUGCUCUUUCAUAGUCCCAAAUCGUCUUCUGAACGCCGGAAACUUCAUGCACGGCGGUGCAACGGCGGCGCUGGUGGAUGUGAUUGGUUCAGGUGUGAUGUUGACAAGUGGGGUUAGCAUGACUGGUGUUUCUAUUGAGAUUAAUGUUUCAUAUUUGGAUGCUGCUUAUGUUGGGGAGGAGAUUGAGGUUGAAGCCAAGACUUUGAGGAUGGGAAAAGCAAUUGGUGUUGUGAGUGUUGAGUUUAGAAAGAAGAAAAGUGGUAAAAUUGUUGCUCAAGGUCGUCAUACUAAGUACUUUGGUAUUUCAAGUAGAUUAUGAAGAAAAAAUUGAGUUCAUUUUCUUAUGUUAAUGUAUGGAUUUAGUUUACAAUAAAGGAAUGAUCUUUUUCUUGUUAUUAUAAAA